AUGGCGCGGAGGGACCCCCCCCAGAACCGUCCCUGCGGACGGCAAAGGCAAGAGGCCGAUGCGGUGGGGCCCGGAGCCUACAGCCAUCACGAAGCGGCCGAAGAGGCGGACUUUGGAGCGAGAUCCAUCAGCUCCCAGCCAUCUGAUCUCUCACGGACGAUAGCUUUCGAGCGGCAUCUUCUCUGCACCGAGCCCGCUCCCCCGGGGUAUGGCGACAAGCCUUUUAAGCGCCGCAUCCGCCUUCAGGAAGCUGGUCUCCUCUCCCCCGGCCUGGAGGAGCGAAGCCAGGACGAGACAGUGAUGGCGUACGUGGUAUUGUUUGGAAAGGCGCUAUGGAUUGCAACUGCCAUCGAACUCACCACAGGUACCGUCCCCCGCCCUGCCAACAGGAGCUCUCCAGACCCGAGGAACGGGACCGCCGCCCAGAUCCCCCCAGGCGGAAACCUCACCUUCUCCUCUUACUACCAGCACUCCCCGCCCGUGGCCGCCAUGUUCAUCUUGGCCUACGUCCUCAUCUUCCUCAUGUGCAUGGUGGGCAACACGCUUGUGUGCUUCAUCGUGGUGAAGAACCGUCAGAUGCGGACGGUCACCAACAUGUUCAUACUCAACCUGGCGGUCAGCGACCUCUUGGUGGGCAUCUUCUGCAUGCCCACCACCCUGGUGGAUAACCUGAUCACGGGGUGGCCCUUCGACAACGUCAUGUGCAAGAUGAGUGGCUUGGUGCAGGGCAUGUCCGUAUCGGCGUCGGUCUUUACCCUCGUGGCUAUUGCAGUGGAAAGGUUCCGCUGUAUCGUGCACCCCUUCCGGCAGAAACUGACCCCAAAGGAGGCCCUGGUGACCAUCGUCGUCAUCUGGGCCUUGGCCCUGGCCAUCAUGUGCCCGUCGGCCGUCACGCUGACCGUCACCUGGGACGAGCACCACUUCAUGGUGGAUGGCCAGAACCGCUCCUACCCGCUCUAUUCCUGCUGGGAGGCCUGGCCCAGCAAGGGCAUGCGCAAGAUCUACACCACGGUGCUCUUCUCCCACAUCUACCUGGCCCCGCUCACGCUCAUCGUCGUCAUGUACGCCCGCAUCGCCCUCAAGCUCUUCAAGUCCUCCGCUCCGGCCCGGGGUUCCCAGCCGGACGGGGCGGCCGUGGAGCGGAGGCGGGUGUCCAAGCGCAAGGCCAAGGUGGUGAACAUGCUGAUCAUCGUGGCCCUGUUCUUCACCCUCUCCUGGCUGCCCCUGUGGUCCCUCUUGCUCCUGACGGACUACGGCCACCUGAGCGAGCGGCAGAUCCACGUGGUCACGGUUUACAUCUUCCCCUUCGCCCACUGGCUGGCCUUCUUCAACAGCAGCGCCAACCCCAUCAUCUACGGCUACUUCAACGAGAACUUCCGCCGAGGCUUCCAGGAGGCUUUCCGGACCCGGUUCUGCUCGCUGGUGUGGGGGGAACACAGAGAGACCUACUCCGAGCGACCCGGGGGACUCUUGGGGGGAGGUGCCCGCAACCGGAUCUUUGUGGAGGUGCGGGCCAGCGACUCCGCCCAGCCCAGCGAGGCUGGGCAGAGCAGCCUUCCGUCCAGGACGGGUCGGUUCUCCCUGCGCAACGGGCGGGUGGGACAUCUCAGCCUGGCCCGAGAGGACUUGGAUGGCGAGAACUGCUCCCACGUGCCCCUGGGCAUCCCAGCUUGGGAUAUCUGAGGGGACCGGUCCAUGGGGGAGCCCUUUGGCUGAUGAACCUGAUUUGGCAAAGCUCUGAAUCCAGUAGCCGGGGGAGGGCGAGCUGGUGGGGGAGGAAAAAGAAAAGA